AGGAUCAAGAGAUUCUGCAGAUUUUUACUUAGUAAUGUGAACGUGAACCAGGUUUUAGGAAGAGAGUCUGUAUUUAUGAAGAACUUUAUAUCUCUUGUGCCUGGAUUGUUCAAAUUAUUAUUUUGGUUUUAGAAAAAAAUAAAGGCAUGUGUGCCCUCCCAAUUUUUGAAUUGACUGUCUGUGGAAAGGAAAGACAGUAAUUUACAUGAUCAGUUUAAUUUGUUUUAAAAUUGCAUUGUAUUAGAAACAUAACAUUUUACAUUUCGAUGUUUUUUUGUCUUUUAUUAGUCUUGCAUUAAAUGUAAAUAACAGUUUAAAAACAAAUAAGGUGUCCAUGAGCACCUGGCAUCACAAGGUACCAUACUGGGAACCUAGCAUUAGGGCAUACUUUGAUAGUGUGGUGUUGAGAUACAAGUUAUCAUCAGAAAAGCUGAAUGGAGUAGCUAUUGAAUAUCAUUUAAAAUGGUCAAAACAGGACAGCGUCUUCCAGUGAACAGGAAAACAACAGACUAGACAGAAGAAUGGUUUAGUUUUGUUUUUUCAAUCACGUGUGUCUUGAAAACAACACCUGUGUUUUUUUAAUAUUGAAUUUGAAGGGAGGCGAAUUAUGAGUUUCUUAGAAAUAGCUGUUUUGUGUCUGUGUCUGUAUAACUGCCAGAGUUGCCUUGGAGAAUAUGAAUAAAACAGUUCAGAUUCCCAAAAUGCAGGCAGGUAGAAAUUCAGAUGCAUAAAGAUACUCCAGCUGUAAAACACAAUGUCUUGUCAAUAUAGCAGUUUUAAGAUGGAGCACUUCUUAUGAGAAAAUAAUUCAAGUUAAUAGGGAUUGGUUGUUGUAACAGCUGACAUCUGGGUAAAAUAGUGAAGUUUUUAGUUUAAAAAAUCUCCAUUUCCAAGAGCUAAUGCUAGAGGUAUGUUUGAAUAAACUCUUGCUUUUGUACCAGGUAACUAUUGUUCUGGUGUAAUUAUUUUUCUCAUGACUGAUCUAUUUCCUGAUGAAGCAUAUAGUUUAUUAUGAGUUUUCUCUGUACUGAUUUACCAUCUAUGCAACAGAAUAUGAUUCCUCAGCAUGUUCUAUUGCUUCAUUCUAAUGUCAGAAUGGGUCCCAGGUCACGAAAAGAUCUAUAAACUUGGCUAAUCAUUAUUGCCUUUACAAAGAAUGCUAGAGUAAAAUUUCAGAUAGGAUUUUAACUGAAGAAUUUUCAAUUUUCCAGAGAAGAUGAGGCCUGUGUCAUCUAUUAUGCCUGGCAAUUAAAUAUUUGUCUUAUUGGAGGAUUUCUAGUAAAGAUAUAGAGAUAAAAGAACCAUUCCCAGUUUUUCAUAUCUCAUUGCUGGAGAUGGAAUCAAAUUUUUGAAUGGUUGCAAGGUUUAGGUUCAGAUUCCAAAACAACUCACCAAUUCCAGAACCACAACGGUUCUGCAGAACAUGCAAAUUAACCAAAUGCAAUGCAAGCAAUUGAACAAAAGCUUGGUAUGCAAUAAUUCGGAAACCGCUUUACUGUUACAAUAAUUUGCAUGCAUACCAAAUUAAUGGUCUAUCAUGGGGGUGAGGAGGGAUUUAGUGAAAAUCUGAGAUAGCUAAGAAUGAUGGAUUUGUGAUCUUGACCCAUCUGGAGGGCAUUAGGUUGGGGAAUGUUGAUAUUGACUAAAAAUCUAGAACUAAAUCACAAUUUGACAAUUGAAUUCAAGCUCUAGGAUAGUGAAUCCAAGCCCUAGCAUUUUUAAAGAAUUGCUGAACUUAGAGUUGUUGAACUAAUAAUGCUGAUGAUAGCAUAUCAUUAAAACCCUAUAUUACAAAAACAAAUGUCCAAAUGGCUUAAACGAGGGCUAUUACCACAAUCACCCUGUCUGUUUAUGUCAGUGGGAGCCACAGUGCUGUUUGUUAUCAAAGCCUGCAAGUAGGGUAGAGGAGAGCUGCUAAACUCUGGGUCAAAGGCUGAUAAUAAAAGAGGUGGAGAGAAAGAAAGGCUCGUAAGAGUUAGCUUGCAGCAAUUGAGACACAUUCAAGUCUUGAAGAAACAUGGAUGUUAAAGCAUGGUUGGCCUGUAUGCUGCUUGUGGAACAAUGGAGCCAGGGGUUCCACUACAUUGGAGGAAUUUCUGUCUCUCAAAAAGGAGGCUUUUCCUUAAGUGGAGUUCCCCGACCAUCGAAUAACAUCCGGGCACUGGAGCAGUCCAAGCCUGACAUACAUCUUACUUGGAGUAAGCUACCGACUCAAGCAAAGCCUUACAGCCUCUCCCUCUCUCCUGAGGACUACCACUACUCUGUGCCCAAGCCAAAGAAUUUGCGUACUUCCAAGCUGAUGAAACUUCUGGGAUCUUCCUAUGACGCUUUCUGGAUGUCUCCUGAGGACCCCCGAGGUCGGAACCUAAGCACUGAAGAACUGAACACACAAAACCGAGAGCUGGCUAAACAUACAGCCCGAUUUAGGAAGAAGCUCCUGCUGGAGACAAGUAGAUUACAGCUUCCCAAGUUGCAGCCGUUGCUGCCUUUCAAGGAUGGGAUCACUCGUAAUUUGAGCCAGUCCUUCAUUUAUCAUCUACGUAGAUGGCUAGUGGAUAGUGCAACCUGUUCUUUAACCUCUUCCUGGGUAGACAUGGGAUCUGUCUUCUGGCCACGCUGGAUACGCCAUACAUACUGUGACCUGAUGCAAGCUGGAUGCUCUUGGCCUCCAGGAAUGACUUGCCAGCCAGCCCAAACUACUCACAUCAAACUCCUAGCAUGGCACUGUUGGAUAAAUGGAACCCAGCCUCUGAAUCGUAGAAAGUCUCGUAAGGAAUGUGUUUGGAGACAAAUUCCUUAUCCUGUUGUAACUGCAUGUAAGUGUGCCUGCUCGUGAUACGGAUGAAGUGAAAUUUAUACUGCAGCAUUGGACUUUGUGAGGAUUUUGUUGUCAUUUCCCAAUUAGAUGAAAACUGGUCCUCAAGGUGACAUAAACUUGAGGCUCAAUUAAGAGCAAUAAUUGUAAUGAAAAUGAGAGAAGUCCUUCAUGAACAUCUGAAAACCUGCACUUGGAGGAAUCUUCACAGCUAUGUAAAAACAAAACAAGACCAGGUAUUAAAGUUCUCUGUCAUAUCCAAAGAAUGCUAGCCAAAUGCAAAACAGAAACACCAUCUUGCUCAAAUGUGCAAUGAUGAAAAAAUAGCAGAAACUAAAUAUAUUUUAAUCACGAGUUUUGGAACUCUGGAAAUUUAGUAAAAGCAUUUCUUUCUUUUAAUUGGAGAUGAUGCAUGAGGUUAACGUCAAAAAAUAAAGGGGGGGAGUAAAGAAAUAAAAGGUCUAAAUUAGAAUUUGGAUUAAUAAAUCUCAGCAUAUUAUCACUAUGUUACUAUAGAUGUUUGUAAUCUUGGUUAUGCAUAAUUUAGUAAGCCUUAUAUAUAGGGUACAUGGACCCAAACGUUGACAUUUUCCAUUGUAGACUCUAUUAAAAAGUUUUUUAAAAAGCUAAGUUUUGUGGUUUUGAUCUAGGUCUUUGAAAUUAAGGAAUUGCUCUUCAUUUUACUUUUAUCUAUAUGAAUUCCUAACAAAUAUUUAAGUAAAUGGAAGAUUCCUGCUUUACUAAAUCUCCUUUGGCUUGUUUUCCUUCCAAAUAUAUCAUGUCUGGGAACAUAAAUGAUACAUCUGGGACUUGGGAUAGGCUGUUCAACAAAGUGCAGUACAACUGUAAUACUAUAUACGGGGUUCCCUGAGACUUCUAAUUAGACUUGGGUAGGAUGAUAUCAUAAUAAUAAUUUCACAACCUUCAAGAAAGUUACAUACUUGAUAGCAUAUGUCUGAAACAUAUUUUUUACUAAGUUACUAAACCUUCCAGCAUCUCAAAAGAGUGUUCUCUGGCUUGUCUGGAACCAAUCUGGCCAAUUUUAUAAAGCUCGGUGAUAUUUUGAUGCAAUUUAAUUUACAGGUAGAAAUCUUUGUGAUUGAAUGGCUUGUUACACUUGACAUAAGAUUGCCAGUAUGUUAUCAAUUAAUUGUAAUAUAUUAAAAAUCACUUGUGAUGAGAUGUUUUGAUGAGUUUAGCAAUCUCUUGCUCAGUAUUGCUUAGAGUAAGUCUUGUUCUUCUAAAAUGGUCACCUUGAGGUCUGCAAUACAGCGUCCUGGGAGGCUGAAAUGCUCUGAUAUUAUUUUAUUGUGUGUGUGUAUUACUCAAUGUAUUUAACAUCAGGACUGAAAACAAGGAUAAUGUAGACCAUUAAGCUCAA